UGUCAAAACAAUAAACAGAUAAACAUUCAUAAAAAGCAAUAUACAAAUACCUAAUCUACAGUAAAGUUUUUAAUAAUUUGAGUUUUCAAAUAAACGAAAGAAAAGGUAUAAAUAAUAACGAAAAUGGUGUGCGACAAGUGUCAAGCCAAAGUUGGGAAAGUAAUUACUCCAGAUACCUGGAAAGCUGGAGCCCGAAACACUGUGGAGAGUGGUGGUAGAAAGGUUAACGAAAACAAAGCCCUGACUGCCUCGAAAAAUAGAUUUAACCCUUAUACGACCAAAUUUGAAACCUGCAGAAUAUGCAGACAAAAAGUUCACCAAGCAGGCUCCCACUACUGUCAAGCCUGUGCCUAUAAAAAAGGUAUAUGUGCAAUGUGUGGCAAAAAGCUCCUCAGUACUAAAAACUACCGACAAUCAUCAGCCUGAUUUUUGCAUAUUAAACAUAUGUAGUCAUUAUUUGUUUAAAAUAUCCCAACCUUUACAGAGAUGGUAGUAAUAUUAAGGGACACCUGGGAGUUAACAUGUGUUUGGAUGGAAUAGAACCUUAAUGAUAAGAAAAACAUUCUUUGUAUAUUGUGUAUAGUAAUGUAUUAAGAGGAAGUUUGUGAAAUAUAAAGUGUGCUAUUUA